AUGUCCACCAAGUACGCGAAGGUGCCUGCGGGCGACUACGCACUUGAGCCGGCCACACGAAGCACGCGGGGGACGUUCAGCUCAUGGCGGAUCGUGCUCGCCUACGCGGCCGGCCUUUUCUCUGCCUUCGCCCUCAGAUUCGUCUUCUUCCUCUCCCAUCCUCCACCAGACCUCUUCACUCCGUUCCCACCAGGCUCGACCGAGGUUCACCGCUACCCGCCGCCUUCGCCCUCCAACGUCUUCCCCUCCCUCUUCCCCUCAGACGUCGGCCAUGCCGGUCCCACUCCGACCGGCGCAGAACCCGCACUCGUCGCUACCGCCCCCUCUCUGCCUAUCCACUCGGGCGCAGCUCACCUGCUCGCGCCGCAGACCCUCGCGAAUCACUCCGAGCAGCCCUUCGACGUCUUCCAGCACUGGGGCAAUCUCUCGCCUUGGUUCUCCGUUCCUCGCUCCGCUUUUGGUGUAGACUCUCCUCCCGAAGCUCCUGAGGGCUGUCGGGUGACUGGCCUCCAUCUACUUCAUCGUCAUGGGGCUCGCUAUCCGACAGGUGGUGCCUCUUAUGGCGGCCCCGCAAACUUUUCUUUCCGCCUCGCGCAGUCUGAGUCCUGGAAGGCCCGAGGCCAGCUUGACUUUUUGAACGAUUGGACGUACAAGCUCGGGGAGGAGAUCCUGACUCCGUUCGGCCGCCAGCAGCUUUACGACCUCGGCGUCUCCAUGCGCAUGAAAUACGGCUUUCUGCUGCACAACUUCACCGAGUCGAACACACUCCCCGUCUUCCGCACCGAGUCGCAGGACCGUAUGCUGUCCUCCGCGCUGAACUUUGCGCUGGGCUUCUUCGGCCACCCGCUCGACGGCAAGUACCAGCAGCUGAUCACGAUCGAGGAGCACGGUUUCAACAACACGCUCGCGCCGUCGAAGACGUGCACGAACUCGCACGACCACGCCAAGGGCGACCGCGGGACGCCGUACGUGCGCCAGUGGGCGGAGAUUUACCUGCGCGACGCGCUCGUCCGGCUCCGCGCGCAGAUCACGGGCGUCGACCUCGUUAUCGAAGACGCGUACACUAUGCAGCAGCUCUGUGCGUACGAGACGGUCGCGCUGGGCUAUUCGAAGUUCUGCGAGCUGUUCACCCCGGCUGAGUGGGAAGGGUUCGACUACAGCGUCGACCUGCACUUCUGGUACAGUUCGGCCUUCGGCUCGCCCGUCGCGCGCGGGCUCGGGAUCGGGUACGUGCAGGAGCUUGUCGCGCGCCUGUCGCACACACCGAUCGCGGCGCACAACUCGUCGACGAACGCGACGCUCACGGACGACCAGCGCACGUUCCCGCUCGGGCAGAGUCUGUACGUUGACGCGACGCACGAGGUUGUCGUGCUCAACGUGCUCACGGCGCUGAACUUGACGAGCUUCGCGAAGGACGGGCCGCUCCCAGCCACCCACAUCCCGCACAACCGCGCGUUCCGCACCGCGCACCUCGCCCCCUUCGCCACCAACGUCCAGUUCCAGCUGCUCUCGUGCAACUGCGAGCCAUCUCUAUCCCCGGGACCCCCGGGACCCUAG